UUCUAUACUUCUAUUCCUUAUUUUUAUUUUAUGUAAAAUAAGGAAAGGGAGAAAAAGAAAACUAGCCGAUCUUCGUUUGAAAAUGCUCUGCUCCCUCAGAUCCAUCAUCCCAUGCGCUCUUUCUCCAGCUCCUUCCUCUGUUCACUGUAAAUCCAGUCCAGCAACCACUUUUAUCUCUUCUCAGGCAAAACUCGUAUCCUCCUCUCUCAAUGGUUUCAAUGGCCCUCAAACUCUACUCACUCAACCUGUUAUUCCCAUCUCCGACGCCAACUUUCGCCCAUAUUCUUCCCUCAUCCAAUCUUGUAUCGACUCCCAAUCCUUCGAUGCUGGAAAAUCCAUCCAUUCCCAGAUGCUCUCCGAGGGCUUCGUCCCUGAUACCUACUUACAAACCAAAAUCCUUAUGCUUUACGCGAGGAGUGGCGACAGGGAUGAUGUAGCCGUCGCACGCAAAAUGUUUGAUGAAAUGACUGAAAGAAACUACACUGCUUGGAACACCAUGAUCCUGGCUUAUUCACGGGAAAAGGAUCACGACGAGGUUCUCCAACUCUUUUUGCAUAUGCUGAGAGAUGGAACUUCCCCUAGUAAAUUCACAUUCCCUAGUGUGAUCAAGGGAUGCAUUUCACUGGAUGACAAAGAGGCUGUUUCUCAAGUUCAGAGUUUGAUAAUUAAGGUUGGAUUGAAUAGCAAUGUAGUUGUAGGUGGGGCUUUAGUUGAAGGGUAUUCUAAGUUUGGAUGGAUGAAUGACGCAGCUGCUGCUUUCGAUGAGAUUGAUGGAGACAAUGUGAUCAGUUGGAAUGCCAUUCUAAGUGGCUAUCUCAAGCUCUCAUUACUGGAGGAAACAUGGUGUUCUUUCCAUGAGAUGCUUUGCGUUGGUACUAUCCCUGAUCACUUCACAUUUGCUACUAUCAUAAGAGCAUGUGGCACCAUGAAAUCUUUGAGCAAAGGGAAACUAGUUCAUUCAAAUUUAAUUGUUUCUGGGUAUGAAUCUGAUAUUUUCGUGGCAAAUUCUCUUAUUGACAUGUAUUCCAGCUGCGGCGAUGAAUAUAGUAGCAGAAUGGUGUUUGAGCUUAUCAAGGAAAAGAAUCAAGUCAGCUGGAACUCCAUGAUAGCUAGCUAUGCUCACCUUGGGUUCUAUGAUGAGGCUUUUCAUCAAUUCUCAAGAAUGCAGGAUUCUGGUCAUCGAUGCGACAGGUUUAAUUUAGGAAGCAGUCUUGCGGCUUGUGCCGCAUUGCCUGAUUUGGAUAUGGGCAGGCAGUUUCAUGGCUACCUGCUAAGGAGAUUCCUUGAUAAGGAUUUGAUACUUGGUACUGCAGUUGUUGAUAUGUAUGCAAAGUGUGGCUGCCCAGAGAAAGCUCACCAUGCCUUCGAUAAAUUGGACGAGAGGAGUGAGGUCUCUUGGAAUGCUUUGAUUUCAGGAUAUGUACAACAUGACAAUGUAGAAGCAGCAAUUCAUCUAUAUCAUAAGAUGAGAUUAGUAUUCCCUCCUGACCAAUUCACACUUGCCAAUCUGUUAACUCUAGCUGCUAAUCAAGGGACUGUAGAUCUAGGAAAGCAGAUUCAUGCCUACAUAAUUAGAUCUGGUACUAAUCUAAAUGUGGUUGUGGAGACUGAACUGGUUAACAUGUAUGCUAGAUGUAAAAGGUUAAGAGAAGCUGGAAGUAUUUUCUACGGUAUGCAGGAAAGGAAUAAUUACUCCUGGAAUUCUUUUAUGGAUGGACACGAGCAAGUUGGUAAUUAUUCAUUUGUGUUAUGUUUAUUUUACCAAAUGCAACUUCAUGGGACAAAGCCAGAUAGUUUUUCGCUGGCCAGCGCCCUCUCUUCUUGCAUCGGUCUUUCCGAUUUAAAAGUUGGGAAGCAAAUUCAUAGCUUUAUGAUUAGAAACGCAAUGGAAGAUCAUAAAAUUCUUCGUUGCUUGCUUGUUAAUUUGUAUGCACAAUGUGAGGCCAUGAAAUAUGCCUAUGAAGUUUAUGAGAUAGCUAGAGACAAAGAUGUUUAUCUCACUAAUGUGAUGAUAUCAGCAUUGUUAGAACGCAAAAGAGUCGAUGAAGCAAGAGAGGUUUUUGAUCAGAUGGGAGAGCGAACAUUAGUUUCAUGGAAUAUGAUGUUAAUGGGAUACUCAAAAUGUGGUUUUAAGAAUGAGGCCUUCAGACUGUUUAUUAGAAUGACCAUAGAAGGGGUGAUUUAUGAAUCACUAACCCUUGUUCCUUUGUUCAACAUCUGUGCAAGCUUACCAGCCCUGGAACUUGGGGAGAUGCUUCAUACCAUUGUGAUCAAGAGAAGUUUCUCUUAUUGUUCAGUAGUCUUGGACAGUGCAAUGGUUGACAUGUACUUAAAAUGUGGGUCUCUAGAAGAUGCUAGAAGCUACUUCGAUCGCAUGGAUGAGCGAAAUAUUGUGGUAUGGAAUUCAAUGAUAACUGGAUAUGGAAAGCAUGGGCAAAGCUGUGAGGUCUUUGUGCUGUACAGGAAAAUGCAGGAGGAAAAUGUAAAGCCAACUGGUGUGACCUUCCUCUCCCUGCUUUCAGCUUGCAGCCAUGGCGGGCUUGUAGAAAAAGGAAUAAGUUGUUUCAUCAAUAUGUUAGAGGAAGAUGAAGUUGAGGUUCGAGCUGAACACUACAGUUGCAUGGUGGAUCUCCUAGGCCGAGCAGGAUUCCUAAAAGAAGCUCAUGAAGUCAUCAAUAAGAUGCCAAUAGAGCCUGAGGUGUCAACCUGGGGAGCCUUGCUUGGGGCUUGCCGGCUGCAUAAAGAGGUUGGCUUUGGGCGGCUUGCGGCGGAGAAGCUCUUUGAAUUAGAUUCAGAGAAUUCUGGACACUAUAUUUUGAUGGCAAACAUAUAUUCAUCAGUAGCAAUGUGGAAGGAGGGUGAUCAGAUAAGAGAGCUGAUGAAAUCAAGAGGUGUGAAGAAGGAGCCUGGAGUAAGUUGGAUCCAGAUAGAUAAUGAAGCUCAUACCUUCCAUGCCGGGGAUCGAAAUCAUCCUCUUGCUGAAGAAAUCUACAGGACUUUGAAGGAGUUAGCAGGAAAGAUGAAGACAAUGGGCUAUGUUCCUGAUGAUAAUUAUGUGCUUAGAAGUGUGGAUGACUCUGAGGAGUACUUGCUUCAGCAUAGCGAGAGAUUAGCAAUUGGCUUAGGCCUCAUAAAAUUGCAUAAGAGAUCUGUAAUUCGAGUAUUUAAGAACUUGCGCAUAUGUGGAGAUUGUCAUUCUGCUAUUAAGCUCAUAUCUGAGAUUACUGGGAGAACCAUAUUAGUAAGGGAUAAUAACAGAUUUCAUCAUUUUAAGGAUGGGAUUUGUUCUUGUGGGGGUUAUUGGUGAUAGAAGCAGCUAUAUUACAUUUCAUGGAGAAGCUCUCUUCACUUAAGCAAUUGCUUGGUAUUCCAAGUAAGCAGGUAUUAUCUUGCUGAGGUCUGUAAUUUAGGCUUCGUUUGGGACGGCUUUCUUACUGCUUCUCAAAGCGGCUUUUUAGCA